ACACACACACACACAGCGUAACAACAUCAGUAAGUUGAGUCGCGGUACGUCGCCUUAUAGCGAAGACGAGGCAUUUCUCACAAAGCCGCAGCUGAUACACGGCAACGCGAAAAAUGUCGUCGGAGGAGUUCGAGAAGCUGCACGAAAUAUACACGUCCCUGUACGACGAGCUGUCGCUGAUGCCGGACCGGUUCCUCAGAUGCCACGGAGAGGAGAGGAAGAGGUUGGUGAGAGCCUUCGACGAAAGACGGGGAGAGGCCGAAGAAGUGUUGCAAGGAAUGGACCAAGAGUUGCGCACUGCCCCUCCCUCCUUCCGAAACACUAUGUCAACAAAGCUGCGCCUAUACCGUCGAGAUCUGGGGAAGCUGCAGAGGGACAUUAACAGCAUGGAUCCAGGCCUUGGGUUCUCAGCCCGGCCAAUGGGGGGAGGUCCUCAUGGCAUCUAUCCAUCCCAAAAUGAGCAAAGUACAUACUUGCAGUCACAGAGGGCCUUGCUGCUCCAGGGCACCGAGUCUCUCAGCAACGCCACCCAGAGCAUCGAGCGGAGCCACCGGAUCGCCACUGAGACGGACCAGAUAGGUGCUGACAUCAUUGAGGAACUUGGUGAGCAGAGGGAACAGCUGGACCGCACCAGAAAUCGAUUGGAGAAUACUGGAGAGAACCUGAGUCGAAGCCGUAAGAUCCUCCGUGCCAUGUCACGUCGCCUAAUGACAAACAAGUUGCUGCUAGCCAUUAUCAUUUUAAUGGAGCUGGCCGUAUUGGGUGCUGUGGUCUACCUUAAGUUCUUUCGGACAUGAGAAACCCACACCGUCCAAGAGCACCCCUCUCGCCAUCUCUGACUCUCCAGCUAAAGAAGAAGAAGAAUCUGCAGUCGCAAUAAUUCUGCCCUCCUGCAUUCCACAGACUUUUUGUUCAGAUUGGGGGGGCAGAUUGGAGGACAGCCAGAUGGUUCAGUCUUAAAAGAGGACCUCACCUGGAAGGUGGGCGGAGAAGAAGUUGCUUUAAUGUGAAGUUACUCAGCCUGUGUUAGGCACUGUUUUAAAAGAACUAUAUAUCGGUUUUAAAGCUGGAGUUGCACUGUUUUAUCUGACUAGAAUUGUCCUCCAACAAUGAUCUGAGACCAUCACGUCUCGUAGGAUGGCGGAAGCUUCCAGACACGAGCGCUGGCAGCUCCGGUUCCCCCAGUAGUUUCCACGUGGAGUGUUUUUUAGGUCAGACUGUUCCAACGUUCCCUCACCUAUGGAAUGAUACUGACAGCAAUACUUGGAAGUAUUUCUUUCAGUUAUUGUCGUGGAAAUAUUUUACAUGCCUCGGGGUACACAAAUUUGGGAUUGCAGGUUUAUGAAUUCUCAACUUGGGGCAAUUGAAAUGUGUUUUCUGUUGUUGAUGAGCGUUCAAAACAGCUACUCCCGUGCUGUGAUGUUUUGACGGAUGAAGCGGCGUGGGUAGUUUGCACGCCCGGUUUCCAAGCGGCUGCACUUUGUUCACGUACUUGCCAAUUUGAGACUAGCGAGGGCCUGAAUCCUCCAUCCGCCUGUCAGAGAGCUAUGAAUGGUAAGAAAGUGUUGAAACUUCCAUAUAUGUAUGCAAUAUUUGACCAUUACUAACAUUGUCCAAUCACUGUAUGAUGCAUAAAUGACUGUUGGAGCCAGACUUGGGGUUUUAUUUUAUUUUGUGUUACAGGGUAUACAGUACGAAAGCCGACCUUUAACUCUUAAGUUAUUUUGUAGCUUUUAUUUCUAGGGAAAGCUACCAAACACGUCAGUGAGGAAAAGAGAAACAAACACACACACACAAACGUCCGCCGUGGUCCUGCUGUUACCGAGCCCUGAACAUCAGGCCGUGCCAACAGCAUCUGUUAGGAUAAAGGUACUUCUCAGAUAGUAGGCGACGAGGUUAUUUUUUAUUUGCAGUAGUGUCAGUACUCUGGUCA